AUCAAAAGUCUUCUCUGCAAGUGAGCCUUAGCCUCAAAACUCCCAGACAUAAAAAAAAAAAAAAACCACAGCAAUAAUAUACUCUACAGCCAACGACGCCGUUUUGGGUAUGGGACUUCAAGCCGGUUGGACCCUGCCGGGGCUCACCCCCAAGCCCUGCGACACCUGCAAGUCGUCGCCGUCGGCCGUCUUCUGCCGCGCCGACUCGGCCUACCUCUGCCUGACCUGCGACUCCAAGAUCCACUGCGCCAACAAGCUCGCGUCGCGCCACCAGCGCGUGUGGAUGUGCGAGGUCUGCGAGCAAGCUCCGGCCGCCGUCACGUGCAAUGCCGACGCCGCCGCCCUCUGCGUCACGUGCGACGCCGACAUCCACUCCGCCAAUCCGCUCGCGCGUCGCCACGAGCGCGUCCCCGUGGAGCCGUUCCUAGACUCGGCCGAGUCCAUCGUCAAAUCCACCUCGGCUGCUGGCCUCAACGACGCCGUUUCGCCUCUUAAAAACGAAGACGCCGAUUCUCUGCUCAUUCCCAACCUGAAUUUCAGCGCCAAGUUCAUUGAUGCUCUCGACAUCAAGCCCGGGGAUAUGUUCUUCCCGGAAAUGGAAUCGUUAUUCGAACUCGAUUACCCGAACCCGAUCCAAAACUCCAGUUCGGGUAUGGAUAGCGUGGUUCCGGUUCAACCCGACCCGAUUCCACCUCCUCCUGUCGUCAACCAACCCCCUCAUGAAAAUUGCUUCGACAUUGACUUCUGCAGAAACAAGCUCUCUUCCUCCUUCAGUUAUCCAGCUCAAUCAAUCAGCCAAAGCGUCUCGUCGUCCUCCUUAGAGGUGGGAGUUGUUCCCGACGGAAAUUCAUUGUCCGAGAAAGAGAGGGGGCUAAUGUAUGAGACGGGGACCAGGGGAGUGAGGGAGGGAGAAAGAGAGGGGGCUAAAAAAUGA